GUUAAAACCCUCAUAAGCACCCCUAUCCGUUUUCAUCACCUUUUAUAAUUGCCUCACUUCCCACGACAGAAGAAAUGAAUUAAAUCUGUCGAAGCCUACUCAACUCUCUGCCUCACACAGCUGUGCCCCGUCCAGGAAGAUCCCCACAACAUCAGCAACAACAAAAAUUAAAAAAUGGCGAACGUCAUCCCACUCACCUUCCGCAUCGCCACUCCGGACGAUGCGCCGCAGCUUCAACAACUCGUGCAAGCCGCCUUCCGUGCCGAAGACAGCCGGGCGGGCUGGACGGCCGACAUGGAGCUUGGAAGGUCCUUCCACUACUCCGUCGAGGAAGUCCUGAAAACCAUCAACAACCCCGAAGCCGUGGUUAUCAUGGCCAUCGACCAGGACGGGGUCCUCGUGGGAUCCGUCGAUGCCAUCAAGCGCGCCAACGGCCUCGCUCGCUUCGCCAUGCUCUCCGUGGACCAGACCCGGCAGCGCGGAGGCGUCGGGCGACGGCUCCUCGCCCACGCCGAGGAGCACGCCCGUCAAUGGGGCGUCGACACUUUUGGCCUGAACGCGCUCUCGUCGCGCGCGAGCCUCCUUGAGUGGUACGGGCGCUGCGGAUACAUCAAAACCGGGGAGACCUCUCCGUUCCCGGUUGAUCGUUUCCCUCAACUGGAUUUGCCGAAGGACUUGUGCUUCGUUGAGCUAGAGAAGAAGGCGUAGCUGGAACUCUCUUGCCUCGGCAGGCUUGGAAGUUGUACAAGACGAGUUUGAUCAUUCGGAGACUUGGAAUAGUACGAAACACGAGAACGGCUGCUCAACACAGUAUCACAGCCUUGAACCUUGGCGGGGUAUAGUCGAUUAAGCAUACUGAUGUGCAAUAUAACUGAAGGAGAUACUUAGCUUAAGCCCUAAGGGCUGUUUCCUGAUGAUGUACAUCCUCUAGAGUAUGUCAUGGCCGAAGCUUAGCUACACAAAAGAAC